AUGGUACUCCCCACUUCGAGAUCCGUCUCAGACUCGUAUACCUCCUCCCUCAGUCCUUCAUCUCCCAUCGCUCAUACUAAUUUCUACUCCCCUCGAUCACGCUCACCCUCUCCAUCUAGACUUCAAGGGCCCGAUCUAUCGAAAUACUCUCAUCCUCAUUCAAACUCGAGAAGGCGGGCCUCCUCGAGCCGUACAGCGAUCAUCCGCUAUUUCAAACCGUAUCUCACGCCUAGAGUCAUUGGAUCUCUCUUCCUUUGGAUGAUCGCUCUUUGGAUGAUUCACAGCUUCAUUCCCCUACCCAUACCCCGUCUAACCAGUCCGGGCUCCUCCAAAGCAAACGCCGCGGACCAUCAUCUAUCCAAUCUCUUCCCUCAGCCACCCCUGAGAGCUGGAGAUGACCUUUUAGACUCGGUAGAUCCUCGUUGGCGACCUUUUGAACCACUCUCUCCUCCGGACCCUCCAUUUCCUAGACUUCGACCAACACGAUUCUUGCCAUCUCGUUGCCUCGAGCAGUGGUUUGCUGACGGAGAGACAUUAUGUGGUAAAGGAGAGAUGGGAGAUGAGGAGACAUUAGAUGCCACUUGGUUAUGGGUGAAUGGCUCUGAUCACCGUUGGCAGGAAAGCAUGUUACAUUGGCGUCAGAAAGAAGGGGUCUACUCGCCUGAGCAUCAUUUCCGCGAGCAAAACGAGUUGGUACACUCGAUGCGAUCCGUUCUUGAUGCUUUACCUGGACGUCUUUCAACAUUCCACUUGAUCCUCGCGGACUACCCCUUCGAAGCUCCAAACGACUUGAGCUUGCUACCAGAGUCCAUCCUCGAGGAUCUCGAGCAGAAGGUGGCCUCUCACGGUGACCCACGUCACUCCCAUCGGUCCCGACAGAAUGAUAACGAUCAGAGUACUGGAAAUGAUACCGCCAGGUCAUUCACGUCCCUCUCAGCCUCGCUCUCUGCUCAUCUCUCGUCGACAUGGCGAGUGGUACAGACGCCUACAUGGCUGGAUUUCUCUCGUCGAGAUAAGACAAGCCCUUCACACCCCUUCCAUCCCUUCUCAUCUAAUCAGUAUCGAGAUGCCCGAAAUAAACUGGUACGGGCCGAAGCGAAUUACCCCACAUUGCGAUAUGCAUCUCAUUCAGAAAUCUUCCACCUGCCAAGCAUGGGUCGCGAUGGGCUCACCGAGGAAUUGGGAGAACGGGAAUGGAGAGAGCGAGAAUGGAGGAAGAAAGCCCUGCCAUCUUUCAACUCGAUGGCAAUAGAAAGUCGUGCCGAUGUCACUCUAUCUCUGAACGACGAUUUCUUCCUGUUGAGGCCUCAUGCGGUGUCGGACUUUCACUCUCCACUCUACGGCUCAGUGAUCCGUUUUGACCAUGGUUACCACCAACAAGUGCGUCCUAUGUUGGAUAAGAAUCGUUUCAACGAUGCUGGUGAAGUCGGUGGACUGUAUCACGCAAACUAUCUCCUGUCUCAACGAUUCCCUAGGCGGUUGAGACCUUACUUCGCUCAUGUACCUAAAGUCGAACGAUGGCGAGAAGCUUUGCUCUGGACAUACGUCGUCGCCAAUCUCGGUACGCUCGGCGAAUCACCCGACACGUGGGAUCAUCUGGCCAGAGCAGAGUUGAAAGAUAUGUUUGGUCUCAACGACGAUGACGACGACGUAAUCAAGAUCGAGGUUCAUCGAGGCGAGCGAUGGACAUUGGAACCCGGUCGAAUGGCUAGGGCUUUUGAACAGGCCGGGUGGGAAGCACCAAAGGCGACUGAUUUCCUAUUCUGGACAGAUCCUUCAGCCAACGACAAGUGUGUGUUGGAUCUGGAUCGAUGUUUUGGAUCUUUCUGGUCAAGAGAGGAGGAUGUACCUUCUGGCGAUAUGUUCAAGCGACUUACUUUCCAAUAUCCUGAAUGUGGUGAUUGUCUACUCAUGGCAUUGGUAACUGCCUCCGGACCAUUGGGACUAUCUGCAUUCUUCCCUCCGAAAGGAACGACCUUUGAAACUGCACUACUGUCUCCCGGCCAAUCUUACCCAAGAUAUCUACCCCCACCUCAUCUGCCGCUCACGCCGACAUGGCACGAAGCCGACUUUUCCUUGGAGGCAGUCAUGUCGACGACCGCUCUGCCCGGUGAAGCGGUGGACUUAAGAGAAUAUACCAUGAAGCUACUUUCACGAUAUCAAUACUUGUCUGCAAAAUCUGAAUCGCACUUCCACAUGCUCAAAUCCGCCGAACACGCUCACAGGGUCUUCAAGAUGAUACAAGACAACCCACGAGUCAGCAUCUUGGGGUUGAAUGAUGAUAUAGAACAAGAUUAUGACGAGGUCAAGGGAAUCAUGCUGGACUGGUUUACUCUGAGAUGGCCAAGGAAAGCCGUAUGGGAGCGGGGCUGGGAUCCUGUGAAAGACAAGCUGGAGGAAUGA